UCCUCCCUACCGCCGUACCCCGUUCACGAAGAAACCGCCUCCUUCAUUCCUCCUCCUCCUUUCGCCGGCCGGCUCUCCUCGUGGGAAUCUCCUGGCCUCCCCGCCGCGACCCCGCCGCGAAACCAUGGAGGCCGGCGCCGGCUUGACGGUGCCCGCGAACGGCGGGAUCGAGAGCUCCACCGCCGACCCCUCCACCUCCGGCACCGGGUCAAGACUCUCCGUCCACCGCAUCGCUGGCGGCGGGAAAGCUGCUGAUAUCAUCUUAUGGAAGCGUGGACGUGUUACGAUUGGUGUUAUAUUUGGUGCUACUAUGGCAUGGUGGUUGUUUGAGAAGUCUGGACUUCCCUUCUUGACAGUUUGCUCUGAUGUACUGCUCAUUUUGAUAGUUGUGCAGUUCAUACGGAUUAAAAUAGCUGGAUUGCUAAAUAGGCAACCUAGGCCACUACCCGAGUUAGUUUUAUCAGAGGAAAUGGUUAGCAACGCUGCAUCUUCAUUCCGUGUUAAAGUAAACAACAUGCUGAUGAUUGCACAUGACAUUACUCUUGGCAAGGACUUCCGACUCUUUUUCCAGGUUGUGUUGCUACUAUGGCUGUUAUCUGUUAUUGGCAAUUUCUGCUCUUCUGCUACUCUUGGUUACAUCGGAACCAUUGCUUUGGUCACAAUUCCUGCAUUAUACAAUAAGAACCAGGAGAAAGUUGACAGAUAUGCUGGGAUGGUCCACAGGAAUCUAUCGAGGCAUUACAAGAUUGUCGACGAAAAUGUGAUGAGCAGGAUACCAAGAAGCUUUAUCAGAGAUAAAGAGGAUUGAUUUGCUUUACACUUCUAUUUCUACGUCGUAGACCAUGCGAAGUAGGAAUUUAGGGCAAAAGCCGGAGUACGAUUUAGACGUCACUGCAAUGUGCUAGAACUAUUUUGACUCCUUAGCAAUAAGGUUCAAAAUGCAAAAUGAUUUGCUUGUACUAAUGCUUUGGAUUCAUUUUUUCAACAAACUGGAUACAAAGCUGUACAAAAGUACCCAGUGUUAUGAAGUGAAACGAAGUUUGGUGUCAAUUGCCAUACG